CAGCAUGAGCUUGCCUGGUAGAAGAAUAUGAAAAAACAGAAGAAUACACAAACAGUUAAGGGAAAGUGCCAAGAAGACGGACUUUCUGCUGCUGCCCACAAGCAGAGGGACUUGGAGACCAUGCAGCUGAAGCAGAAAAGGGAAAACGAGAAGGAGGAGGAACCUAAGUAG